AUGGCAAAAUCACAUCCAGAAUUAGUAGAAAACAAAUGCAGCAGCAAAGUAGCUCUUCAGCACAAUCUCAAACAUCAUCACCAGCACGAGUUCUCCACAAAUCUCUUCAUCUUCAUCUUAAUCCUCCCUGUCUGCGUCACCCUCUUCGUCAUCUUCCAUAUCCAGUCCCUGCAAACUUUACCUGACUCCUCAUCGUCGUUGCCUUCAUGGUCUUUCAAUCUCAAGCGUCAGUGGCAGAGAGUCACCAACACCACAACUACCAUGGUGGAAGAGGAUAUUACCUCAGUGCCUCCGACCAACAACUACACCGACGAGCUCAUCAACAAACUCCGGAAGUCAGUCACGUUUCUCCCGCUCAAGGACUUACGUUACGCCAACGCGGCCAUCGUUGGACACACGUGGUUCAUGAGCUCCAUGAACGACUCGCGUGACCAAGAAGGCGAGGUCCAGUACCAGCACUUCCCUUCACAUUCCUCAAGCAACAGACUCCUCUGCCUCAAAGGCCACGACAACCACGACGGCUCCUGGAACUCUUACGCUCUCGCGUGGCCUGAAGCGCUUCCCCACAACGCAACCCUAAUGACCGGCCUGUCCUUCAUUUCCUACAACCAGUAUGACUACCACAACAUAUGGCAUGGCAUUACCGCCCUCAUGCCCUUCGUGGCAUGGCACAAGAAAAACUCCUGCCCCAAACCUGAGCGGUGGAUUUUGUACCACUGGGGGGAGAUGAGAUCCUCUAUGGCAGUGUGGCUGAGUACUCUGAUGGAGGCUACUUUCGGAAAGCUUCCUUUAGUGGAAAUGUUUGAUGGGGUUGAGGAAGGGACGGCGGUUUGUUUUGAGGAGGCGGUGGUGAUGAGGCACAAUGAUGGUGGGAUGUCUAGGGAACAGAGAAUGGAGGUCUAUGAUCAAAUGAGGUGCAAGGCCAGGGCUUACUGUAAUGUGAGCUCAGAAGAGGAAGACCGUCAGAAGGAGAUUGGAAUGACUUUGUUAAUGAGGACGGGGCCAAGAUCGUUCAAGAACGAGAGUGUCGUGGUUGAUAUCUUUGAGAAAGAGUGUGCCAAGGUCGAAGGUUGCCGCUUAAUGGUGGCUCACUCCAAUAACCUGACUUUCUGUGACCAGGUGAAGCUAAUGAGCAUGACGGAUAUUUUAAUAUCCCCACACGGCGCCCAGUUAACAAACUUGUUCUUAAUGGACAGAAACAGUAGCGUGAUGGAGUUCUUUCCAAAAGGUUGGCUAAAACUAGCCGGUUCAGGGCAAUUCGUCUUUUUCCAUUUUGCAAGUUGGUCGGGUAUGAAACACCAUGGUACAUGGCGAGAUCCGGAGGGCGAGAUUUGCCAGUACAGUGACGAUGAUCGCCGCUGCAUGUCCCUCUACAAGAAUGGCAAAGUUGGAUACAAUGAGACGUACUUUUCCGAGUGGAGUAGAAAUGUACUCGACGAAGUGAAGAGAAGGAAGUUGGAAGAAGCAGAUAAGGGUACUGUAAGCUUUACCGGCUGUAUUUGUGGUUAA